UUAGUACUCAAAUGAAACAUCAUGCAAGCCUUAAAUGCUCUUAGUUGUGAGAUAAAAAAUCCAUUAACUGUUCAGUGGUCUAUAUAAAAGCUAGCUGUUAAUAUGCAAAUGCCUACUGUAUGUAGCUUAAGACAGAAAUUUUCUAUGUAUUGUUGAAGUUCAUUCUUAUAAAAUUAAAUAACUCUCACACUAGCUAGUCUUAUUGCAAGAGAUGAUUUUCCGGGUAUCAGACAUUUCCAUCCCCUGGUUGAAGGAGUAUUUAGCAAACAGUUCUAUAAAUGGCCUGAGGUAUUUGUCAGGUGGACAGUAUCACUGGACAGAAAGGGUUUUUUGGUUCAUUGCUGUGACUGUUUCAUGCUAUUAUACUGUCAUAUUUACACUGGCAUCAUUCCAUGCAUACAAGAUGCAUGCUGUCAGUUUCACUACUGAAACAGAUUAUCUUCACUGGGACACAAAAUUUCCGGCAUUUAGUGUAUGUGAAAUUACUGGUGUAAAUGAUGUGAAAUUCAGUGCACUGGCAUCAAAAAAAUUUAAAGGCAAAAUUGAUUACAACCAGAUUGAUUACUGGGAAAAUAUAGCCUUUUACCAAGGAUCGAUUAUUGAACACAAGAAGUGUUCUGGUGAUGUUAACUGCUCUACAAAUUAUGAGGAAAUAAUUUGGGAGUUUAGAUACAAAUGUAACAAAUUACUUUAUGACUGUCACUGGAAUGGUAAACCAUUUGACUGCUGUCAGAAUUUCCUGCCUCUACAAACAGAAGUGGGUCCAUGUUUCUCCAUUAAUUCUGAAAAUACCAGAAGGAAGAAUGGAUUACUGAAAACAGUUUCAAACUAUACAACUGGACCUGGUUCACUCUAUUUCAAAGUAAGAGCUGCUGUAAAGGUUUACAUGCACUCAGAAGGAAAUGUGCCAACCAACAGUCACUCACUGGAUGAAAUGUUCAAAGUAUUCUAUCCGCAGUACCUUGAAGUGUUGUUUACGGUGAAGGAAGUAGUCAAUGAUCCAAUGCUGUAUGAGGUAGAACCCAGUGGAAGAGAUUGUCUGUUUCGUAAUGAAGUUCCCACAGGUGUGUACCCAUAUUAUAGCUUCACAACAUGUCUGGUUCAGUGCCACAAACAACACCAUUUGAAGUUCUGCAAUUGUACCCAUCAUAUGAUGCCAAAUUCUGCUGAUGAGGUCUGUGGCAUUGAGGGACUAACCUGCCUUAAUGGUUAUAAUGAACGUCUAGGAAUAUUGAAAGCUGCUUGGGAAACCAAGAAGCUUGGUAUAGUCUGUGACUGCAGAACAUCAUGUGAGGACCAAGAAUACAAUGUGGUAUGGAAACAUGCUACAACAAAACGUGGAGGGAGCACUAAUUAUGAGAGCUUUGUGUCAGAAAUUUCACUUAAAAUGCACUCUCUGCCUGUGGAAAGGUUCAAACGAAAUGUUGUAAGGACCAAACUGGAUUUGGUUGUAUCAAUAGGAGGGACUGCUGGAUUUUUCCUUGGAGCAAGUUUGCUCAGUGUUGUUGAAUUUGUAAUGUAUUUUUUUGUGAGAAGUAUUUACCAUUGUGUAAAUAUAAAUGACUCUAACGCAAACAAAAAUCAUAGAAUGAAGGUAAUCUCACAUGAAACAGAGUUUGCCCAGCCUUUGAGCAAUAAUUUUAAGCAACAAAUCAGACACCCUUCUCCAAGGGAUUUUCAGAAGUAAUUCUCAUUUUAUGUGGUUUAGCAAUAUUAUCAACUAGAGUCUAUGUUGCUCAUGAAAUAAUAUACUUUAUCAACUUUUAUUAAUAUGUAAUAAGCAACUCCAUGUUAUUACAAUGCUAUACACACUGUAUGUUAUAUAAUGUCACAUUGCCAGGAGAGAUAACAAUAUCACUGAUAUCUUGUUACUUGUACAAUUAAUCCCAUAUUUGCUUGAUUAGUGUUAAUUUUCAUAAUAUAAUGUGCAAGAUAUUUUUAAGCAGGUGUCAUAUGAUUUAGUACUGUGCUUAAAUUGAAACAUAAAUCUUGCUGCUUACUUACAUUGUUCUAUUAGAUGUUGCACAAAUCUAUAUUGAGGAUCUGUAGUUAAGCAUUGAUUGCACACAUCAAUAGUUGUAAGGGAGUAUUGAUGGAACAUUGUUAUGAUUCCAAAGUGAUGUCAUAAGGGACACAUGAAUGAAAACUUGCACUGUUACAUGAAAUUAAGACUCACUGUUAUACAGAAAAUUUUUAAAUUAUAGGGAAUAAGUUUGUGUAUUAGUAGAAAAGUUACCUGAAGAAUAAAAUGUUAUGGAUAUCUGUGGUUGUCAAUAAAUCCAUUCUCAUUUCAUGGAGGAAAUGUUGUUGCACUCCAUUUACUGUGAGGAUCAACUGACAUUAAAUUUUCUAAUUAUUUAUCUUUCUUAUAAAGAGAAUAAUGGAUCGUCUGUGACAACAUAGUAAACAGAUAUAUCCUAUCUCUUAAAAAUGGAUAAUAGGAAUUUAUUGUUCAUGAUUUCUAAAAAAUCUGGUAUAUUAAGUUCAUCUAGUUGAAAAGUCUUGUGUUAUUCCUAAUUAACAUAUUUUCCUACAGAAUGACAAUAAAUAAGAGUGAUUGUGUAAU